GUCACAUUGACAUAAACAUCUUUAAUGUAGUUGGAGGAACGCACUGUUUUUGUUACAACUGAAUUAAAUUUAGUUAGUAAUAGUUUGUUAUUUUUGCUCGUACUCUAUAAAAUUUUGUGACAAAAAUGAAACCAACGGUAGCUGCCGAUGAAAUGUUUCCCGAAGGAGCUGGACCUUACAUGGAUUUAGAAGAAGCUGGCGGUCCUUCCAACUUAUUGAUAGAUUUGGCUGCUAACGAAAAAGCUGUUCAUGUUGAUUUUUUUAAUGAUUUUGAAGAUUUGUUUGAUGAUGAAGAUUUAAAGUAAGCCUAGGAUUAAAGCAAAGAUUCUCAUUGUACUGUUUUAUAAUUAGUUAAGUUAUAUUAAAUCUAGUUUACGGUUCAUAGUCAUUAAAUUGUAUAGUGUUUUUUAAUCCAGGAUUUAAAAUAUAGCUGCUUUCAAACACCAAAUACAUCUCUGGUAGAUAUGUGGCCUGACUAUAUGGAGAGGUAAUGGAUUAAAAAUAUACUUCAAUAAUUAAAA